AUGGACCUACUCGAGAGGGCCGGCAUCUCCACCUCGGAGCAGCUGGUAAAGGCGCUCAAGGCAGCCCAGCCGCCCUCGGCCACGGCCCCUUCCACCUCGUCCACCACCGCCACCGCCGCCGCCGGGAUCGCCAUCACAAAGAUCCAGCUGGCCCGCGCCGCCUGGUCCACAGACGCCGUAUUCGUGCCCAAGAAGCACCAGCUGCUCGCAGAGUGGAUCCUCGACACCCUCUGCCGCUCCGCCAAGUCGCACCAUGCCCCCGCCGCACAGAACGGCGCGGCAAAGGCCAAGGGCAAGGCAAAGGCAAGACCUUCCACCAACGGCAGCGGCACCGGCUCUGAGCUUGCCUGCGAGCUAGACGCAGACUACUGGGCGCUGCUCCACGAGGUCGUCGUCUCCCAGGUCAACGCGCCGGGAACCACGCGCGCAGCAGCUUCGCAGUGGGUCAACAGCCUCGUGUCCGCCUACCCCGUCGUCCUCCUCGCCUCGUCGUUCGCUCGCUCGCUGGCACAGCACCCGCAGCACAGCUCCAACCAGGCGCUCACGGUAUCUGCUGCCGAGGCCCUCCGCACGCUCCUGCCCCCCGCCGCCUCGAGGAGCGCCGCGGCCAACAUCGAAAACGUCACCGAGGCGAUACACGCCUGGCUGGCCGCCCUUCCCCUCCUCGACGCCGCCAGCGGCUGGGACCUGGCCACGACGGUGCUGCACGCUCUCGUCGAGAGCUGGUCGGUCGCGCUAGAGUUCGGCCUCAACGCCCGCAAAAACGGCCGCUACUUUCUGGCCAACUGCCUCUCCACCUACUUCGUCGCCCUCAGCGCGGUCAGGAGGCGCGAGGCGAGUCUGCCGGCCGGCUUGCUGGCCUCGCUCGAACAGAUUGGUGCCGCCUCGCUGUUCACCAGCGACGUGCUGCUCGCCUUCGUCGGCGAAUAUGCGGACCGCGCCAUGCACCCCGCCCUCAAGGAGGCCAGCAGCAAGGCCGACGACGCGCUCCUCGGUCCGAUCCGUUCGCUGGCAGCCUCGGAGGACGACGCGCUGGCCGAGGCCACCCUGUCGAGCCUGCCCGUCCUCGUCCAGCUGCUCACAGCGAGGCUGCGAAAGGAGGCAUCUGGACUCUUGGCCCCCGCGGCCAGCACCAGCUACAGCGUCAUGUCGGUCGCAGCCUCGAUGCAGGCUCAGGAGGCCACCAUCCGGUCCAUCCUGCUCAAACGCUUCCUUCGCCCUGUCGAGGCGCUCAUGCAGAAGUCUGCCGUCAAGGCCGCGCACCAUGCCGCCUUGGCUCCGGCGCGAGCACACCUCCUGGCGGCUAUUGAGUUGCUCGAUCUCUACGUCCCCGGAAGUCCGGAGGCAGAAGACUGGGAUUCCUUCUUCCAGGGCUUCCUCGCCGACGCCAUCGACGAUCUGCGCCAGCGGCACCACGGCGACCGCUCUCGGGCAAGUGACAGCACCACAUGUGAAAGGGCGUUCGACAGCCUUCAAACACUGUGGAGGCUCGAGCAGCCAGUCGUCGAGCCCUACCUCACGCCAAUCCUGCGCGAGGUGGCCGUGGUCCCUGUCGAGACACCCGCGUGGGACGGAGAAGAGGUCUUCAGCGCCGAGGCGAGCGCUGCGCUUUCGUUCCUCGGGACGGCACGCUCCAGCUACUCGCGGGCUCGAGACGUCCUCCGCUUCGUCACCAGCUUCUACGAGGCUCUCGUACAGUUGCCGCACUCGUCGACGGCCUCGAUGAGGGACGUCGAAAACGGAGUGCUGCUCUCUGCAGUAUCGGCCGCUGGUUGCGCCGCCGCCGUGCGGGACUUUCUCACCCCGAUGCAUCUCGUCCCGCUGCUCGACAUGCUGCGCGAAAGGACGUCCGAAAUCGUCAAGAGCUUGGACACCGAGGAGCAGCGGACGGCUUCGCCUCGACCCAACAAGAAGAGAAAGUCGGACAGCGGCGCGGCUGGUAGCGAUGCCGGCAGUGCGGCGGCGGGAGGCAGCGGCGAGACGGCAUUGCAGCAACUGAGGCUGGCGCUGCAGGCACUCACGCUCGCAGCUUCGCAGGUGCAGAUCCCGUCGCCCAUCCGCGACGACGCCAUCGCAGCCGCAGAGCGCCUCUACCUCGAGGCGAUCCUACCUUCGAUCGACCUGAGUCUGAGUCGGAAAAGCGAAGGGACGCUUGCGGCGGCACUGCGGGCGAGGUCGUCGCUGCUGUCGCAAAACUGGCGCAUCAACUUCGACGAACCGAUUCGACUCGACGGGUCGCCCGUCUCCGAGUCGCUACCGGUGCUGGACGACUCGCUGGACCAGAGGCGGCAGCGGCUGGUCGAGCUCAUCUCGAAGAGCGCUGGCCGCGACCGCAUCGCCGACGAGGCCAUCUACGAGAUCGUCCGCGCGUUGCUGCAGCGGGCCGAACGCGACCAUGCCACGCUCGGCACGACUUCUCCCUACACGGCGCUACUCUCGGACGAGGAAGGCAGCCCGCUCGUGCGGUCGCUUGUGCCGCUGAUCAAGGACGACCUCGUCUCUUCGGGCUCGAGGGAGAUCAUCACCCCGUGGAACGGCAAGGCGACCGGCAUCGACGGCGUGUCGUCGCUCGCAUCGGCCCUCUGGCUGAAGCUGACGACGCGCUGGGCCGAGCUGAUCGACCAGCUAGGCUCCGGCCCCCUGCUUUCGGAGCUGGCGCAGGUGCUGCUGGCCUCGGUGGUGCUGGACCCGACCACCUCGCUCCUCGCCGGCAUCUCGCGCAAGGCGCUGCGCAACGCCCACUUCCUCGAGCUGCCACGAUGGAGGUCGACUCUGCUCGCCAUCGCCAACACCAAGACGCAGAUCCUCGCCCAGUCGGACUACGCCGGGCUUCGACCGACCCUGGCGACCGUGCAGCUGGAAGCGACGAUCAAGAGCUCGGUCGAGCUCCAAGAGGCGCUGUUGACGCUCUGCGCCAUGGAGCGUUUCCCCGUCGAGUGGAUCUCCAAGUCGAGCCGAGAGACGCUGCUGGAGCGCGGCCUCACGAUGGACGCUAUCCUGGCUCGCGGCAAGCGGCAAUCCGCCUCGACCGAGCACAGGACCAACCUGCGGCGUCUGAUCGGCGGCCUCAUGCUGGCGCGCGGUGCCAGUUCCGACGCCGCAUCAGAGCAGAUGGUCGCGUCGCUGGCCCUCUUUGUCACCGCGAGCGAUGACGGUGUCGGUGACGGCGGUGUCCAUCCGCAACUCGACGACGUUUCGCUGACCGCGUUCGAGGUCGGGGCGCAGAACCUGCUCGAGAGCUGCAAGACCAACCCGGCCGCCUGGGACAACCUGUUGGCUCUGCACCACCACCUCGUCUCGGGCCUCGGUUCGAUCGCAGAGGCCCGACCCGAUCUGGCUGCCCGCGCAGACCAAGCCCUGAUCGCAGGCCUCGUAGCCGAUGCCAAGCUGCUCGCCCACACCGACAAGGUUGAAGCCUUCCUAGCGGUCCUGACAUCUUCGCAGCCCAUCGCAAAGCAGAUCGAGUCGCACUUCGACGCCGUCAAGACUGCGGUGUGGGCGCAGGCCGUCGUCGCCGUCAGCCUCGACGAUCUUCGGGACGUCGUGUUCCACCUCCGACAGACCCGCCUCUCCCUGGCGCUUGCAGAUGCCUGCCCAAAUGGUCCCACCGCCGCGACUGGUGGCCAGACCCCGAGGUCCAGUGCCAAGGUGCAGGUCCUCGACCUUCUGCAGCCCAUCUGCGCCGUCGUGGGGCGGGCAACUGCUUCCUUCGAAGGAGACGCUGCAUCAAGCGACAGAGCUCUGCUCAAGACGGCCCUGCGCGUCUGCGCCGAGACGCUGCAGCUGCUCGCCGACUGCUCCUCGACGCCAACCGUGUCCGCCGGUGGCGGCGAUGACGACGACGAUGACGUGACAAUGGAAGAGGCUGCUGCUCCUGUCGGCACCGGCCACGACGAUGACGACGCCUCGGCGGCGCUCAAGGCGGCGGUGGCGUUUGCCUCGUUUGCCUCGUGCUUCGAGCGCGGCGAGCUGGUCGACGCCCUCUCGCCCGUACUGGCGCGCAUCGUCUCGCGCCUCUCCGUCGACGUCUACGGCCGCUACCUCUCGGAGCUGCUACAGGUCGUCACGGCCGACCGGGUCGAGCUACAGAACGGCACCGGCACCGCCGGCGGUGUCGACGGCCCGGCGCGCGGACGGGCCUGCCUCGUCGUCGCAGCCGGCCUGUCCCUGCAGAGCGCUCCGGAGGGCGGACACCGCGCUGCGCGUCUGCAUCUGACGAAGCUGUUGAGCUUCUUCAUCAAGCUGUGCAGCGUUCCCUCGUCGUCGGCGUCGUCGUCGGCGUCGUCUCCGGUCGUCAUACAAGCCAUGGCCGAGGUGAUCGUCUCGAUCUGCGCCAAGAAGGCGACGCUGCUGCGGUCGACGGACGUCGAGCUGAUCCUGCAGCUCUACACGUCCCUGCUCGUCCCGAGCAACGCCGACCUGCCCUCGCCGGCCACCUUGGCGGCCCCGGCGCACGUGGGUCGGCGCAUCUUUUCGGCGCAGGUGUCGACGCUGACGAGCCUGAUCCGAUUGCGUCCGGACCUCAUCCACUCGUUCCUCUCGCUUGUCGCGUCGCUGCUCUCGUCGCUGGCGAACCUCUUCCGCCGUCCCAAGCUCGUCGUUGGCAGCACCGCCAAGGCAUUGGGCGCAUCGUCGUCGAAUGGGCAGGCAGGAGGUGCAGCCUCGGUGGCAGCGACGCGCUACCUGCGCCGCGACCUUCCGGCGUGGUUCGAUCCGGCCCACACCCUGCCUCUGCGCGCCGACGUCGAGGCGCGACAGUACUCGCGCCUCCUGACGAGCCUGACGCUCAAGACGUCUUCGCUGCUCCCGCACCAUCACCACGACCGCCGCCCCGGCGGCGACGCGGGCGAGUCGGCGCGCCGCAAGCGGGAGCGCAAGGCCGAGUCGCUGUCGAAGCCGUUUUCCAAGCACGCCGUCUACGUCGUCGUGGCCUACCUCAACGCCGUCACCAACCCGGCCAGCACGCUGCCGACCGACGUGCGCGCCGAGGUGCAGCCGGGCCUCCUCGCCCUCUGCGGCGUCGUGGGCAAGCACGAGCGCGACGCGGCCAUGGUCGGCCUCCUCGACAGCGCGGGUAAGACGCUCUUCAAGAAUCUCUGGCGCAAGUGGGAGGACGAGAGGUACCGCGGGCAGUAG